AUGGAGGAGACUCGAACGAGCGGGCGCGGUGUUCCCUUCGCGUCAAUACUAUACAGUGAGCCCGGGGCCCUGGGGCUUAUGGCCAAUAUCAUGUCUGCCCUGAUAGUGGCUAUGGGAAACAUGACGGUAGGGGACGAGACAAAACUCACUCUCAUCAUUGCAGGUGUCCAUCUGAUACUGAUAGGGGGAUUUCUUCAACUGGUGGCUGGACUCUUGUCCUUCAGAAGAAAUGACCACCUAACUGGAACAGCCUUUGUAGUAUUCGCCUCCCUGUGGUCAUUCCAAGGAAUAACGUACAUACUGACCACAGACAUACCGGACCUAAAUGGAGCUGUCCUGUCUGGUCUGGUAGGCUACAUGACCGUAGCAGUGGUUCUCUUUGUCUGCUCCUUGUUCGUCAACUAUAUUCUACCUCCUGUACUAGCUGCGAUGCUACUUACAUUAGUAUUUGAAGCCGCAGGUUUAUUCUUCCUUUGGGCAAAGAGGGUAGCAGCUGCCUUUGAACUUUUCAUUGUCUUCACGGCCGUGUAUGCUGUCGUUGUCAUGACCACCAAGGGCGUCAGCCAGAGGUAUGUUUUACCGGGGUUCGGAAACGCACCCAUCGAUCCCUUACUUAUCCGAACAUCGGCCAUAGGUAAAAAGAAGAACGAAAAAAGAAAGAAUACAAAGUAUGCGGAGCCGAUGGGUUUGGGAUACCUUGCCAAUAUCGUGCCAGCUGCUGUGCUGAGUUUCUAUAGCCUGGGAUAUUUCACUGACUUCAGGCCUGCAAUGGGUCCCUUGAUGUGCAGCAGUCUUUGUCACAUUGUUUCUAGUUACUAUGCCUUCUUAAGACAAGACUACUUCCAUUCUGUACAAUUCAUCUCAUACUUCAUCUUCUGGAUCAGCCGAGGAGCCGAAGCAUUUCUCGUAACCUUUGACAUUUCAGGCGAUGCAGACACCAUUUUAGAUUACUACGGUCUGUGGGGUAUGGUGUUGGUUCUUGUUGCAAUAUUGGUGGCUUCGACAACGCAGAGUGUCGUUGUUUUCCUUUACAAUCUCCUCUUAACAGUCAUAGCCAUUCUAUCUGUGGAGCAUAUACCUGGAUCAGUUCGUAACUACACGUUUGGGGUGUCGUCUGCUGUCCUCGCUCUCGCCAGCGUAUACAUCUCGAUCGCACAUCUUCUAAACUCAACAGCGGAGAAGGCUGUUGUCUAUGUGGGACCAGAAAUCAUAGCUGCCGAGAAACUUCAACGUGCCUUUGGAUGUUUCCAGUGAACAGAAGAAAUUGAUGAAUCAUGCGGUCCAAUGGACAGCGAUAAAGACUUAAAUAUGGUGGAUUCCGUAGCCUUUCUAGCCAACAUGGUGGCUUCCGUGGCGUUAUCUCCCGCCGAGGUCUCAGAUGGACAGAGUGCUCUCCCUUGGCUUCUUGUGGCGGGGGUAUUCAUCAACAUAUACUGCGCACGCCUUGCAUAUGCUGCCGGAAGUUUGGCCAGAGCUUUCAUGAUGGUAGUUCUGGCACUUCUAUGGGGAACAUGGUCUCUGGUGUUUCUGGAAGGCAUCGAGGUGUCCCAGACAAAGGCUGCUGCAAUAGGUCUGCUUUGUUUACACACAUUUUCAAUGCUGAUGACAACCACAUUCUCCAGGGUGUGGAUGGUUUUCGGUUUGAGUGUGGAGAUAAACAUUAUAGCUCUCGUGCUCCAAGUUUUCGAUGUAAGCAGUCAGUACAUGGCACUGAUCACGUCGCUUCUCGUUGGUAUUGUUGGAUUGUACGGAACUCUCUCGGGAAUCUUGAAGGGAGUCAUUGACAGUGAUGCGUUACCAAAAGGCAAGCCCAUCAUAAAGCCUAAAGAAGAGACACAGGAGGAGAAAUUGCCUUGCCAAAUGAUUCCCUCGCGAAAAUCUUCUGCCCUUUGGAAGGCAGCCAAACUCCUUGACGAAGGCCACGUGAUCGGUGUACCAACAGACACGGUGUACGCCCUGGCAUCAUCAUGUAAGGUUCCCAAGUCUGUCAGUGAUAUCUACCACAUCAAGGGCAGGCCAGCCGAGAAACCUAUCUGUCUUUGUAUAUCAAACCUUGACCAAUUGAAAGAGGCAAAUCCUCCGUUCAGCGAUCUUCUGUGGCGGUUUAUGGACAAAUGUUACCCCGGGGGCAUCACCUGUGUGGUACCGAAGGGGGAGUGGCUAGCGAGGCUAGGAGUGGGUGAUGCUGUCGAGUACGUUGGAACUAAAGAAAGCGUGGCUAUCCGAGUACCCGACUCUUCUGUGCUCUCCUACCUCACAAGCAUUUCUGGUCCUGUGGCCUUGACCUCGGCCAAUCCAAGCGGGGAACCAGACAGUUUACAUCACGAUAGGGUUAUAGACACACUAGGACACAAACUAGCAGCGGUAAUCUGUGAUGAUGAAUCUAACGAAAUAGUGGCAUCAACUGUCGUCAACUGUGCCAAGAUAGAUGAAGGUGUGAUUUCCUACUUUCGGAUAGGCUGUGUCCCGAAGGAGCGCGUGGACCGAUUGUUCGAACAAGCCAAAUCAGAAAUAAAUGGGGAGGCGACGACAGUUAACAUGAGUCAACAAUCACUACACUUAUCCUGA